ACUUCACUUCCAGUUAUAAAUUACUUGGUAUAUACACACUAAGAUCCCGGUACUUAGUGAUCCUAGAAAGAGAUCAGAACAAAGAUGAUAAAGACAUGUUUGAGCGUGACGGUGUGUUUACUUGUUGGAGUGGUCGCUGAGGACUGGUCUUGGGGACGCGACACCAACCCUGUCCCUCUUGCGUCUGGACCACCCCUCUCCAACACCGCCAGUGGAUCUCUACCCCUCCCCGACAUACCCAAUGUGUCGCUGCCUCUUCCUCUGGAGUCUCACUCUCCUCCGAAUACCAGCAGCCAGGAUGCCGUCGAGGAGGACCGGCAACCGAGGCUUUUGGGUCUCUCUCAGAAGCUGUGCUCCAUUGGGAUUGGCAUUAAUUGCAAUAAGAAGACUCCCCUGGUUAACACCAACACUAUCCCCGUCAGUACUUAUGCCAGUGUUCCAGUUCCAGGCCCAUUUCCUUCCCCGGUCCAGGGAUCGAUCUCUGGCCUUCGUCCCUUCAUGGUGCCCCCUCAACCCAUACCACAACAACACUUCUCGGUACCGCCAAACCCAGCAUUCCAACAGAAAAUACACCACUCACCCACCGUGGUACAGCAUCACCAUGAACACACACACAUCCACCAUAACAACGGGGGACGCCCUGCUGCCAUUUCUGGUCCUGUAAAUAUUGGAGGCAUCCAGCCCGCUUUUAUCGAGCAGAAUGCAAUUUACCGCCCAGAGUUGCAAGCUUACCGUGAAGAAUGUCAGUGUGUGCAUGCUUCUUACUGCCCCAUAUAUGAUGUCGUGGCCAGGAGCCAUCCCAGUGAUAUCAGGAAUCUCAUCGACGCUCGAAACAAGGGUUCGGAAAUUUUUUCUAAUGCUACAGAUGUCGAAGACAACGUAACAACCACAGUGGCCCCUGAAGAUGUUAACAACAACAGCUCUGCUCGUCUGGCAAAAAUUUUAUCUAUUAAUGACUCACACAGUGAUACAAGAGUCCGAAGAGAAACUCUUGACCAUCCAGAUAUACCUCAAAAUGCCACCUUCGACGCUCAAGGACGAACAUUGAGUUACUUCCCGGGGAGAGUAGGUUGUGGUGCAGCCUACGUAUGUUGUCGCAACCCACAGUUUCCAGCACCACCGAAAUACACCUGCGGCCGCCGGCACUCUGGCGGGGUGCUAGCUCGCGUCAAAACCCCACAUCACGUGAAGGGGGAGACAGAUUUCGGGGAAUAUCCCUGGCACGUGGCCAUCCUCAAAUAUUCUGACGAGUACGUGUGUGGCGGAGCUCUCAUUGAUGAUCGUCACGUUCUCACCGUCGCUCAUUGUGUUGACGGAUUGAACCCUCUUGAGCUGAAGCUCCGGCUUGGUGAGUGGGAUGUAAGUGGACCUGUCGAGUUCUAUAGUCACGUGGAACUCAAGGCAGAGUUCUUGACUGUCCACCCGGAGUACUAUGCUGGAAACCUUCAAAAUGAUAUCGCACUCAUUAGGAUGCAAGGUUACCUCGACUUCUCAUCCAACCCACACAUCUCGCCCGUCUGUCUGCCAGACAGCUACAACAGUUUCGUGGGUCAGCGAUGUCACUCUACUGGCUGGGGUAAGGAUGCCUUCGGCAACCAGGGCAGAUACCAGAGUAUACUGCAGGAGGUGGAGUUGCCUGUGGUGGGCCACCACCAGUGCCAAGAAGCUCUCAGGCACACUCGUCUGGGAGCCAGCUUCACCCUCCACCAGGGCAUGUUGUGUGCUGGUGGUGAACAAGGUCGUGACACCUGCAAGGGUGACGGUGGCGGCCCCUUAGUUUGCCAGGGACCUGAGGGCAGGUUCCAACUUGCUGGUCUAGUGUCCUGGGGUGUUGGCUGCGCCCUCGCCGGCAUCCCUGGCGUCUACGUUGACGUGAUCAGUUACCUUCCCUGGAUUCACGCCUCCACAGCAGCUCCAUAACUGCUUCACACACCAUAAUAUUCAGCCCUCACCAAACUGCUCUCAUUAGACUGUUACUGUCUAGAUAAAAAGCUUCAUUUAAAUGAAGAAGUAUGUAGGCAUAAAUUAUGCAAUAAUCUUUGUGUUUCUUAAUAAAACGUUUUGUAUUAUAGGUGUGGAAGUUUUUUUAAACCAAAAUCAAAUCGUAUUUUGUGAUCAUUUGACAGUUUACCUGGAGAGAGUUCCGGGGGUCAACGCCCCCGCGGACCGGUCUGUGACCAGACCUCAUGGUGGAUCAGAGCCUGAUCAAACAAGCUGUUACGGCUGGCUGCACGCA